AUGAGCUUCUAUGAUGACUCUCACAUUCUAUCACGAUUGGGAAUAUUGCAAUCAAAGGAGGAAUGCCCUCGUAAAAUUCUUCAAUCCAAUCCGAAAGCCGAGGUGAAGAAGUCUCCUGCGAAUGAACGAUUUGUUGAAGUGAACAUAGACGGCGAAGUUGGUUCGAGGUCUGACACGGAUGAAGAGCCUGUAUUCGAUAGGAAUUUUUUACUGUCCCCAAAUAGGAGUGCCAAGGUUUAUCGAAGAAAAUCUGAAUCGUAUAAGUGCAUAUACCUGAUUCUUCUAUUGACCUACUUUGUGAUAGGUGCUGUUUGGUCAAUACCGCUGAUUACGCAACGCGCAACUGCAAAGUCACAUUCAAAUUUCUUAUCUAUAAAUACUUUUGGGCUACUCCUAGGAACCGUAACUGGAAAAGUUUUCUGCCGGCAACUGAACAUCGCAUUCGUGUCUUCCUCCUGCACCUUGUUGCUUUGUAGUUUCUCCUGGAUAAUUACCGACUUCACAGACGUGAUAGAUGCGAGAAUUUCGAUUUUCCUAUUAGGCUUUGCCUCAGGAAACAUCUUGUACGGUGGUCUAGCGACAUGGUUUCUUCAUUGGAGAGGAUAUAAUCGAAAAGUCAUACUCUUCUAUGUGCUCAUGGCUCUCGGAACCUCCAUAGCUUUAGCUACAAAUAACCAGUCUCUUUUCGGCCCAGAUGGCAGCAAUAUUGUUACAUCUUCAAUUGCACUCCACAAGCGCGAAGCUAUUGCAUCCGAUUUAUACAACGAUACAUCAGUCAGCACCAUUUUAAAUAAUGAUCCAAUGACGACAAAAUCGAACAAGUCACUAGGAACCACAACUGCGAAAACUAAUUCUGGAAUCCUUGGUGUUUCUUCGACGAAUGUUCACACGGCCACUUCUCGAUCAGUUGUAACUACGGGUAAAGCAAACAUCGCAGAAACCACAACUACUCGUUUACGCAGCAGCUCGCAAGCAAGUACUCUAUUUCCGGAGAGUCAGUCAAUAGUGGAACUGCCUAUAUAUAGCCGUUUCACGAGCAUUUCUUCAACAAUUGCCCUGACUUUUUACAUGAUAGCGUUCAUUUCUUGCUGUAUUCCAUGCUCAACCAGAAGCGAUGCGAAAUUUUUAAAGUUGUUUGACCCGUCUAUUUCUGGUUUGACUAGAGGCUGUCGUAUACGACUAACGACGGUGCAAGUCAUCGCUUCCUUAAUUGAAGGCCUAGUGGAGUUAGCAACAAUGCUCUUGGCUGUAAAUCGUCAAACCCCAUCGAUUCUAUUAAUGCACCAUACAAUCAUCACUGUUUUUCGAUCUGUGGUGUUGAUGUGGUAUGUUUUGAUUAUUGCGUUUUUUUCAAUGACACGUGGCAAAUGCCCCAGGUGUGGGUGGAUUCAUAGGCGCUCUGGAUGA